UGCAGUUUUCAUUCAGCUGUCUUCUCAGUUGGUUGAAGUUCGCGCGCGCUACCAUUUCUCGAGUUGCUGUGGAAGGACCGAUUUUGAAUUCAUUCGACUGCGAGUUCUAACCAACGUUUUGCGGCAAAUGUUUUAGCUUCCGAGUGAUUGUGCAAACAUCGAAUUGUUUGUAGAUUAAUGAAAUUUGCUUCUGUUGUGAAAGGUGUCAUCACUGUUCGGUACCUUUCAAGUCUGGUUAUGAAGGAAUAGUGCGGAAUGUUGCUUUUCUAUUGGAUUUCAGUGCCACUGAAACUUUAGUGACGUGAAUUGUUUGUUGGAAACAGUAUGACUUGGUUAUAUAUAUUUGUUACCGGUGCAGUGUUAUAACGUGUCCACGUGCUCUAUAUAAUAAGUUCAAUACGUUGUCAUCGCGUCGAGAUUUAGUGUAGGAGGUCUGACGUACGGCAUUGGCAUUUACUACUGCUAUAAAACCGAGACAACGGCAGCAACUGCAGACAUCGAUUUAUUCGAAUUAAUAACCGAUUGCUGAUUUGUGCCACGGCUCUGGGAAUUCUCCGGAAAUAUCUGAAAAGGUCACUAAAAUAACUAUACCAUCCAUACUCGCAAGGCUGGAGCUCGACCAUAUGACAACUGGCUUGUAAGACCAGCGCCCUAUGCUUUGAACCACCAACCCGGGCCUGCCAACCCGGACUUUGGUUAUGCCGGUUCCCGGAAAACGGAAAAGGCCUUAAUAGAAGGAAAACAGGAACUACUGGGAGGAGCGUUUCUAGGCGAUGCUAGUUUCGAUUUUCAGACCGCCGCGGCCAAUUCACGUCUAUUAUUCAUUGCCUCAGCAAAUAUUUGCUGGUGCCACACAGCAGUCGGGCACGAACACACAAAUUCAAUCAAUUUCGGGAUGAGUGUUCAAUGAAACACGGACAAGAGUCUGCUCGAAACGUUCCGAGCACAGGAAUAUAUUAUCGGGUGAAGGCGUAACAUCACAAGCGACAUCCUGGCGGCCAGGAGCAGUACGAUGGUGAGGUCACUCUCAUCUGGAGCCGAACUACCCAUGCUACCGAAAAAAUGCUCUGAACUGGGUUGUACUUCAAAGCAAGGCACAAAAUCUACCAUGGUAGCGUCUUCUCUGCAGCAGGAGGUUAAUCUGUCGCGCCGUGCAUGCAGGGUAUCAAAUCACGACCAGACCCGUAACGAUGCACAACAAUUUUUCACGGAACUUACGAAUGGUGCUAACCCAACGCCUGCGACUUCGGAACAGGAAGAUGUUUUUAAACUUUGCACUGUUAAUAGUGUAAGCGGUAGUGAAACGAUUAGUGAAGAUCUUGUAGUAGUCCCAGGUAGUUCUCAGUUCCAAAGGCCAGAUCAGCAGUCCGCUUUGGCUGGGUCGAAGUGUUUUAACAGUUACCGGCUAGUAUUCAGUUGUGAUUUGGUUGCGCAAAUUUUCCUGUUAUUUAAGGCUUUAGUGAUGAUAAACGUCUCGUUCAAGGCAGAUAGUCUCCGGCGCCCGGUGCGUUCCGGUAGAGACAGUGAUAGUUUUAGCAAAAAGUUAGCAAAAUUGUGCACGUGUGUGAUUGUCAUUAGUGUUCUGUUUGGGAAUGCUGGUUUGGUGUUAGCUAGGCCCAAUCGAAGCAAUUUGGCGACUAGUGGGGAACAAGCUGUGAUAUCCGACCAGCUAGUGGCCGUGGAUAGGGAUAAUUCUCGUACGGGUAUGAAUUACGGUCCUCUGGGACCGAGUGAAAGUCAAUUGAAGCGUUCCGCUGAGCUAGCGUCUAUUGUAUCGUCAACAGUGCCAUCGGAUGGCGGCGGGUACAAACAAGACGCCGAGCACGAUGAGUCAGACGGCGACGACGGUCACGGCGAAGGUCACGAGGUGGAACGGUAUCCGGUGGCCCAGGUGGAGUUCUCCCGCGUCGAAACGCCCUUCGUUAUCGGCGUUUGGAUUCUCUCGGCCAGCAUAGCAAAAAUUGGCUUCCACAUGACGCCAAAGUUGAGUAAAAUAUUCCCCGAAUCCUGUCUGCUGAUCGUGGUGGGGGUCAUAAUCGGGGUGUUGCUGCGGUACGCCACCAAUCUGCACGUGUCGCCACUGACGCCAAACACAUUCUUCUUUUACAUGUUACCCCCCAUCAUCCUCGAUGCGGGUUAUUUUAUGCCAAACCGUAUGUUUUUUGACAACAUGGGCACUAUCCUAUUAAUGGCUGUGAUCGGUACAAUAUUCAAUAUUGCUACCAUUGGUGUUUCGUUGUGGGCGUGCGGAUUAACUGGUAUUUUUGGAGUCGAUCUUCCAUUUUUGCACGUAUUUUUGUUUUCCUCUCUCAUCUCGGCUGUCGACCCGGUGGCGGUGUUGGCGGUGUUUGAGGAAAUCCACGUCAAUGAAGUACUGUACAUUGUCGUGUUUGGCGAAUCGUUACUAAACGAUGCUGUCACGGUUGUGAUGUAUCACAUGUUCGAGUCGUACAACGAGAUUGGCACGCAAAAUAUUGAAGUAAUCGAUAUCGUUUCGGGUGUUGCUUCGUUCUUUGUGGUUGCCCUCGGUGGCACCGUUAUCGGUGUGAUCUGGGGCUUCCUAACCGGACUCGUCACUCGCUUCACUGAUCACGUGCGAGUAAUCGAACCGAUUUUCAUCUUCGUGAUGGCCUAUCUGGCGUACCUGAAUGCGGAGAUUUUCCACAUGAGCGGCAUCCUGGCCAUCACAUUCUGUGGUAUUACGAUGAAGAACUACGUCGAGCAGAACGUUUCGCAUAAAUCCCAUACCACCAUCAAAUACGCACUCAAAAUGCUGUCGUCUUCAUCCGAAACGAUCAUAUUCAUGUUUCUGGGCGUAGCCACGGUCAAUAAUCGGCAUAUCUGGAACACGUGGUUCGUGCUGCUGACGAUAGUGUUCUGUUCCGUUUUUAGAAUUAUCGGUGUCCUCCUAUUAUCAGCACUGGCGAACCGAUUCAGGAUACACAAACUAUCAAAAGUAGAUCAAUUCGUUAUGUCCUAUGGAGGACUCCGCGGUGCGGUGGCUUUCGCUUUAGUGUUGCUAGUCUCCCAGGACCACAUUCCGCUGCAGCCGAUGUUUGUAACGACCACCAUCGCCGUCAUCUACUUCACUGUGUUCCUGCAAGGCAUUACCAUCAAACCGCUAGUCAAAAUUCUGAACGUAAAACGUUCUAGCAAGCGGAAACCGACAAUGAAUGAGCGAAUCCACGAACGGUUCAUGGACCAUAUGAUGGCAGGUGUUGAGGAUAUAGUGGGGAAAACUGGAAAUUACAACAUUAGGGAUAAGUUUAAACGGUUUGACAAUAGGUUCAUUCGUCCGUACUUAAUUAAAAAUUUACAGGGCCCUGAACCAAAAAUUUUAGAAACUUAUUCUAAGCUGACAAUGCGCGACGCGAUGGACUACAUGCGUCGAAAUCCGUCCACGAUCGGUCAGAUGUCCGGCACCGAAUCAAUGAGUGCGUUGUUCCGAAACUAUACCGGUGUCUUCGGCGGAAGGUGCGGAGCGUCGUUUCUGGGAACAUGUCCUAGCUUUUCUAAUUUGGAAAAUUCGACCCGGAACCUGGAUAUGCAGGAGUUGGACUAUAACCCAUCGAAGAAAGAUUUGACUGAUGCCAGAAUUCACCAUUUACUUUCGGUAGAACUGAAACCAUAUCGAAGGACUUCAACCAAUUUGCAUCGAAGACUCAGUUACAGUCGACAUGCAGUGGACGAUCGAGACUUAUCGACGCAGCAAGUCAACUAUAAAAUGCAGAUGAACAUCCGGCGAAUGAUCAGCGAGAAGAAACAUCACAAGAGAAGUAAACGAGUCAAGGACGGCAAACCUCAGAAUCACGUUUCGUUCCCCGAGUUCGUGCAGAAUGGAACCGCCAAACAGUUUGCGAACGAUUAUAUUAACGAAGUUCUGCACGAAGACAACGAGGAUGAAGAGAAACUUGCGUCAGCUCCGGCAGAUGACUGGGAUGGUGGUGGACUCACGUUCACGGCGAAAUCUUCGCCCGAGCAUUCGGCAACCGUGCGACAGCAACCAACUACGACGACGGCCGGUGAGAGUGGGCCCACUGGUGGCUCCUCGAGCAGUAUCGAGGCCACCUCCACCACUAGUGUCAAGAAUAACUCGUUGAUCGCACACAUCACUAGCCUGCCGGGCUUCGAUCCGACAAAGGCCCGUAUAGUUAAGCACGUCACGAGCAAAUUCGCUUCUUCCGUCUCGAGCAAUGCCAUCAACACGGCCAGCGGUAGCAACAGCAGUGACGCUAUUGCAGCCCCUCCCACCCGGCAGCUCGAACGUCCAGACCGUCUGAUGCCAACGGCGGCCGAAUCCUUCCUUCCCUGGCGGAGGGACAGAUCGUAUCAGAGUUUCGUUGAUGAAGCUGCUGAGCCUUCUAAAAUCGAUAAACGCUUUUCGAAGGAAUCAAAGGAUUCAGAAGCCGAAACUCGCGUCACGACACCUACCGCAAUCGAAGCUGUGUUACCAUGGAAACGAGACGAUGAAGAUGACGGAAGUGGUGCUAUCAAACAGAACGAAUUUCCCUCCUGGGCCUCGAAUAAGGAAUAUUUAGCAUAUAAUUCACCAAGUGCAACAUUUUUAGGUGGCCUAACACAACCUAAACAGGCCAAGUCUGUAAUAGGUCUAUUCCGGCGUGAGAGUUCCGGCUCCGGUGGCAUCGUCAUCGGCGGGGUAACGGAUUCCGAGACAUCGACCCCGGUGAUGGCGACGACGCCGAUCGGUCGCGUCAAGAAGGAUAAACGAUCGGCAUCGAUUGCCGGCUACAUCACCUACGACGGUUCCGGUGACACGAACGGGGAUCCGCUGGGCGUUUCCAAGGCUAGUGUGCCCCAUGCCAAUGCCUUCCCGGUAACGGCUAGUCACAGACGAAACAACCGACGCGGUUCGAUGCUGGAGCUGAGCGGGUACAACACAUCUGAAUAUGUCGAUUUUACUAUUGUCUCCCAUCGUCGCUUGUCGAUGAAAUGCUGCGAGGCGAUCCCAGAAGAAAAUUACACCAAGUCCCUGCCCGAACGAGACAGAUACGGAGCCCGCAGAGGACCAACUCUAAUCAAGGCCUCGGGAACACCUAGGUCGGCCGGUAACCGCAAGUCGACCAACCCGCAAGCCACCGCACUUCUUUCGUCCAGUUCGACCGACUCCGAGGAGGAUGACGAGGAAGAUGUGGAUUGCGGUGAUGAACAGCACCCCAUUUGAGAAAUAUUUAUCUAGGUAGUCUUUAGUCCUCCCGCCGUCACCACCGCUGCCACAUCGCGCCUAGUAAAACCUCUGCCUUAGUCCACGUACUUAAAGAUUUAGAACAAAAGCAAGACGAAAGAUAACUCACCUGAAUUCAGCAACAUCUCGUUCCAACCAAUGGAGAGUGGUGUGGUGUUUGUGUGCGAUGCGAACGGACGAGGUCUUCUAUUUUUCCAAGCGCUUCCUUCUACGAUGAGUUCGGUAAACUCCAAAUAUCAAGGGGCACAAAUCUCCAAAUAUCAAGGGGAACGUGCCAUUUGAGCCAAUUUGUUCUGUUCGGUAAACUGAAAGAUGGAUGCAUGCGCCACUCUAUGAGAGCCGUCGUAACAGCAAUCAACAUACUCGGUAACGUUAUCCUAGGUUAUGUAACUUUUUAUUCUCAAACAAUUAUCAAUAAUCCGACGACAUAUUGCUGCAGGAAUAAGAGACAGCAAACUCAAACGUUUAUUGUAUGAUAUGUGUAUUUCUAUUUAUUCCAAUACUGUUUUAAGAAUGGAUUUAGACAGGACAGUUUUUGACAAAUAUGGGCACGACACUGAUAGUAAAUGAUUUUGACAAUAUUGUGAUAACACAGACAUUGUACUUCUUAUGUUCUCCAGUUGCAUAGAUGUAGUUCACAAUUUGAUGCACGCCUCACAUCAAUAGUUUCGGAAUACUAUUCUGAGAAAGUCGAUAGGCUCAAUAAAAAACUUAUGUUUUGUAAACUUUCACUCUUUUUGAUCACAACUCACUUUCUUUUCAAUUCAAAAAUCUCAUUGAUCCCCGUUUUUUAUGUCACCGAUAAAAUCAAAACAGCUUGUCAAUUCGAACUCAACGCCACCUUUGGUUUCUCACACGAAGCCUAUCUUUCUGAAACUUAAAAUACGUUAUCAACAUAAAGUAUCAGUAAGUCAUGAACGUAUGUAUUAAGUUUUAUAUUGCAGAAUUUGAUAGAGCCUAUCGACUACACAUGUUAUCUAGCGAAAAAUACAGAAACUAUAAACUAAAGAAGAUUCGAUUGUACUCUAAGACAUAUUUAGUUCGGCAGAAGAAAUACGAAGGGCAUUAUAGAGUAAAAAAAAACAAUUAGCCCAAUGCAUUUAUUUCUAGCUUACGAGUUCAAGUUUAUUUAGAACGCUAGUAUUUUCUUGCUAUUCCCAAAGACAUUAGUUAGAAAAAAGUUUACAUAUGAUGAGAGCUCAUCAAAUACAUUAUAAACCAUAACACAAAGCACUACAAUAUUCUUCAGUUAAAUCUUAAGACAACCAGCGGUAUUAUUACUUAUUGGAAAGCAGAUUGUAGAUUUUAAGUAGAAGAAUGGAGGAUCUGGAGCAAUAGGCAAACUUUUAGGUUGAAUACCGUUUUAGCAAACAGCACAACAGUCAAAACAGUCACAACUUAUCAUAAGUAUUUGUUCAAGCAAAGAGCUUAAACUUAUUUUAUCAGCUUAGCCAUGGCUUUUUUGUAUUUCUUUUUAUUUUCAUUAAAAAUUAUUUUAUUAUUAUGAAAA